AUGUUUUCCUCCCCAACAAAAAUUUGCUUGCUUUUUCUUUCAAUUUUUAUAUUAUUCCAAUUAAACAAUUGUGAAGGGUUAUGUGUUGGUAAAGGAUAUGUUUGUGGUAGUGGUGGACGUCAAUGUUGUGACAAAUUAAUUUGUAACGGAGGUUCAUGUGAUGAUUGCCCUCCUUUAGGAGCACCUUGUACUGAGGAUAUUAACUGUUGUGCAGGCCAAAGCUGUCAACACUCACAAUGUCAUACCUGUUUGGGUAAAGGAGCAACAUGUGAGCCGAAAAAUAAUCCGAAAAAUGAUAGAUGUUGUGGAUUUUGUGUUAAAGGAAUUAAUCGUUGUAAGUGAAAAUGAGAAAAAUGUUGUGGAGUGAGAGGGGAUGUUUAUAGUAUUUUCCAAACGAUGAACGUUUUUUACUUUCUUUUUCAAAUUUG